CAGUUUCCGCCAUUGAGGAUUCGAUUGUACGUGACACUCGAAGUAAACAUCGUCGCCUUCCUUGAUAUCAUCCGGUGUCAGAGUUGAGCCCAGGCGUAACGUCACCAAGGGAGGAUCUGCAAAGAAGAGCAAAGGAGGAGGACAAUUAGCCACUGGAAAUCAAAUAAUCAUGCAACCAUCUAAGGUGGUUAGCUAGUCGUGUACUUCGAACGUGUAAAUACACUACCUAUACAGUACUGGUAUAGACAAAAGAUACUUUUAAUCAUAUACUAUUAAAUAUGAAGCACAUGAUGUUACAGUCGUCCUUAAAAUAAUUUAUGGGCAUAUAUAUUUAUUUCCUGCACAGAACCAGGCUGAAGACCAAUUUCGAAAUAAAAUGUAAAACGUAACUCCGUGUCUUAAAACCAAAAUCGUUUCUAUUAUUCAUGCCCCGCAAUUGUUGUGCCACAUAUUUUCCGGUUUUGCAACUGUCUUGUCAUCGCCCGGAAUCCCGCACACUGUCAUGAUCAAGCUUAUUUAAUAGUUUUUGCAAAUAUGAGCGAUUUAGAGCAAUAACUGGAACAAAGUGAAGCAUCAGCCAAGAGUUAUGAGGACAAGGCAACGACAUCCCGCCCAUCGACCGCUGUUUGCCAACAUGUGUUGCCGCUUAAGUCGUUUGAAUUUGCUUAACGAGCCACAAACUUUGCGACAAACAGAGACCAGAAGCGGCAAGAACCCGGACCCAGGCCCAGACAAGGAGACCCAGUUCCAGGACUGGGACCAGGUCCAGAACCAAGACCACCACGAACAGGACCAGGAACUGGGCCAGGAAUAGGAAUAGGAGCAGGAUCGGGAAGGGGACGCACGUGCCAACCUUAAUAUUGUUGAGUUAUUGGCGGCCAAAACCAAACGUCGGCAGUCAAGAGUCGGGCGAAACGGAACCCAGGACCAGGACCAGACCCAAAACCAAACACCAAGCCAACGCCAAAGCCAAAGCCAAAAAGUUCCCUUCCGCCUUCGCCGGGAAACUUUAGAAUGGCCUGGAAAACUUUUGCCCAGCCCGCGUGGCGUUUCCCCCCCGCCGCCGCCCACUUAUGUAGUCCUCGUUUGCCAACGUCUGCCAAUCAGGCAAAGUGCCCAAAGGGCUGUGAAAACUCUUUCGCUGGAAAAGUCGCGUCGCGCAUUUCCGCACACAUGUUGCAGGCCAUUUUUGUGAUUAUCAUUUACCGUUCCAUCACGGAUACCGUUGCCCCCCGAACCCUGACCCUUGCCCCCUAAUCUCCCAGCAAGCCCGCUUCUUUGGCCCAAAACGACCAUCGAUCGAUGGCGGAGCGGAAGUCAACGGUUGCUCAGAAUUUAUGUGCCUGGUGGGCUGUUGUGUUACUCGCGGGAUUUGCCAGGGCUGCAAGUACUAAAGAUGUUUUGGCUACGUAAGCAAAGAAACUUUUUCUACGAUAUUUAAAUUGGUUGCAGCAAUACAAUCAAUUCAGUACUUAUAAAUCAGGAGCACACUCUGUUGGGCCCACAUUGGAUACGAAGCAUAUUUGUUUGCAAAUUUGAAAUAAAAUCUCUAUCAACUUUUUAAAAGCACUUAACAAGUUGGCAUUGAUUUGACAGCCGAUUAAUAAACUUAAUAGGCUGUGAGAAAUUAGGAAAGUUAUCGUCGCUCGAAAAAACACAAUUUUCCUCAGUCGGUGAGAUUGCCUUCCCCAGUGCAAAUCAGCAAUUGAAAUAAAAAAUCGCAAAAAUCGUAAAAACUAAAAAAAGAAAUAAGAUUUCAAGUUUUCUAAAACCUGUGAGUGUGAAACCAGCAAAAUGCCUUGUAAGAGAAGGUCGGCCAGUUCCCGAGCAGCACCCAAAGACUAUGAGAGCCAAGAGGUCCAAGUCCGGCGUUCGUAUUCCCGUGCCAGGGCGACACCACUGAAGAGCCCCAUCGAGGCCAGCAAUCACAACGCUUCAUAUCCAACCGGCAAUCAGAAAUGUGAAACCAAUCCGAAUUCCAAAAAUGCUUCGCAGAAAGGGCAAACGCCACAGCUAAUGACAGAAAGCGCUGGGAAAUUUGAUCCGGAGCCAAAGAGAACACGGCAGGCAGCAAUCAGUGCUUCCAGGUCCUCACUUUCGGAUGAGUUGGGGAGAGGGGUAAAUACCAAGGAUGGCUCACAAGGUUCAGUUAAUUAUGCCAGGCCACUUCAAAAUACUUUGCGAGGUACCACAAAUACUCAGGGCAAUACGAACGAUGAGCAAAAGAUGCCUGCACCUGCAAAGCCAAACGUCUCCAUCCGUUCGAGAUCAGCGCGUAGAUGCACACAGAAAAACGAAAAUGUCAUUGACCCUGUUGACCUGGCUGAGAAUAAACUGUUUAAGAUACCGGAUAGUUCUUCCAAUAUGGUUACGGGAAAACUUACCCAGAGGACUUCCACGGCUCAAGGAAAUCAGAAUAAAGGUCAGAACAUAAAUUCCUCCAGAGAAAGCUAUGUGCCACCACACUUGGACAAUAAAGCUGUAAACUUAAUCCAAGCCAAUAAUAAUAGGUCUGCAAAGUUGCCUCAGACCAUUCCAAAAAAUAUACCGAACAAGAAUUUGGAUGCAGAGUCCAGCUCUCUAGCUUACUUUUCAGAGUCGGAAGGAAAAACCUAUUUAAGACGUCAGACUGAGAGGAAUUUCUAUUCGAAGCCAAACCAAACGGGUUACUAUUCGGAAUCAGAAGGGGCAAAUGGCAGACUUAUGCAGAAUAACACACCGGCUACUAGAGGUUCUACAGCUCAAAUCAACUCGAAAUCAAAGCCAAAUCAAACGGGUUACUAUUCGGAAUCGGAAGGAAAUGGCAGAUAUAAGCAGAGUAACACAUCGUCUGUCUAUUUAAAGCCAAAUCAAACGGGUUACUACUCGGAAUCAGAAGGAACAAAUGGCAGACCUAUGCAGAAUAACACACCGGCUACCUAUUUAAAGCCAAACCAAACGGGUUACUAUUCGGAAUCAGAAGGGAAAAAUGGCAGACCUAUGCAGAAUAACACACCGGCUGCCUAUUUAAAGCCAAACCAAACGGGUUACUAUUCGGAAUCAGAAGGGGCAAAUGGCAGACCUAUGCAGAAUAAGACACCGGCUGCCUAUUUAAAGCCAAACCAAACGGGUUACUAUUCGGAAUCAGAAGGAAAUGGCAGAUACAUGCAGAGUAACACACCGGCUGUAUAUUCAAAGCCAAACCAAACGGGUUACUAUUCGGAAUCAGAAGGAACAAAUGGCAGACAUAUUCAGAGUAACACACCGGCUACUAGAGGUUCGAAGGCAAAACAGGAAUACAGUUCCAUGUACGGUCAGGCUGGGAAUUUAGUCUUGUCGGAAAACGUUAACAGACCCAUUAUGAAUGUGGACUUUGAACAAAAUCUCCCGGCGCAGAAAGUAUACGUAACACAUAAGCCGAAUCCAGGAGCAACAUCGCAGUAUCAUCCGGCUGAAUAUAAUCCCAGCAACUACGGCUAUCAGAAGGACGAACUAAGAGAACGGCGUGAAGUGCACUCAAGACAGGGGCCAAGUUACAGCUCCAUGCCGCAAAACAAGAAUCAAUAUGUGCAUCAGCCCCUUAUAGGCAACCAAGCACCAAGUAAACCCGAUAGUACUGUUUGGAACAAGGAUAUCAGACUCUUGGAAAUACUUUCUCAAACCGAAACUAGAAAAGAGAAUCAUGAAGCUGCCAAAAAGCCACCGGUUAAUAAAAGUUCCAACGUAUCUCAGUAUCUUAUCGAUCUUGGCUUUACCGACGAUAAUAUAAGUAGCCCCAACGUCGAGAAAAUCAAUAACUCUGCUAGCAAGGAGCAGGACGAGAUUGACAGACGCCUGAAUGCCGAACUGGAGUCUCUGUUUGCAACUGAAGAGCUGCCACGUCCACCUCCACCUACGGCUCCACUAGCACAGAUACAGAUUACACCAGAGCUGAAGAUAGUGGAAAGGCCACUUGCCUCGAAUCCCAAGAAAAUAGAGGCUGAAAUCGAUGCACGCCUCCAGGCGGAACUGGAUUCCUUGCCCAUGGUGGCGGCUGAGGACACGAACGAAUCCCUGAAGGAACCAUUAUAUAAAACUCAUCCAUACAUACCAGUACCUGCAGUCAGGAACUUGGCGGAGAACCAAGCUUUUCCAAAACAGAAUCCGGUAUUCAUUCCUCCACAACCAGCAGCACCAGCCAAUAUUAUGGCCAAAAAUACCAUGGAGAUGGGAAAACCUGCCCUUGUUCAGAUGGCAAAUAAUCCGCUAGCUUCUAGUCAGCAACGCGUCUUGCCACAAGGACCGAUCAUCACGCGACUGAAGGGUGCUCAGGGUGAGGACAUAGCCGUCAAGUACACCACGGGUCCGGAUGGACUGAUUACCAAUGUGCAGAUGGUGCCACCAGGGAUGGGAAUAGGCCAACUGAAGGUCACCGAACUGGAGAGCUUUACGGCCAGCCAACUGCAUCAGAUACUGCAGAGUGGGCAUCCCUACAUGGCCCUACCCAUGACUUACUCCGGAGUUCCAGGUGCCAUGCUGCAGGAACCCCUGAAGACCAGAGAUGCCAUCUUUCCCCCCGAACAAGCGGUCGAGGAUGAGGAGGUGGACUAUGAGGAAAUAGGAGUGGCCGACACCUUCGCAGCUUACUGGCCCAGCAAACUGAAGUUCGGAAGGGCCCAUCCCGAUGCCGUGGUGGAGACGGCCACUCUGUCAUCGGUGGAGCUGCCCGAUAUAACCUACCAGUUGGCCCUGCCCGCGAGGACCACCGAGUGCCUGAGUGCCCUGCAGCUGGAGGCGGUGGUCUAUGCCUGCCAGGCCCACGAGCAGAUCCUGCCCAGCGGAGAACGAGCCGGAUUCCUGCUGGGCGAUGGAGCGGGCGUGGGCAAGGGGCGCACCAUUGCGGGCAUCAUCUUCGAUAACUACGUGAAGGGCCGAAAACGCGCCCUCUGGGUCUCCGUCUCCAAUGACCUCAAGUUCGAUGCAGAGCGGGAUCUCGGCGAUAUAGGAGCGAACGAAAAGGUCCGAGUGGCGGCCAUCAGCAAGUUCAAGUACAGCCGCAUUGACUCCGAUGAGAACGAGAACUUCAAGCGCGGUGUGAUAUUUUGCACUUACACCGCUUUGAUCGGAGAAUCGCUGACGGCCAACUCGAAGUACAAGACUCGUCUCCGCCAGCUGGUCCAUUGGCUGGGCAAAAAGUUCGAGGGGGUGAUCGUCUUCGAUGAGUGCCACAAGGCCAAGAAUCUCAGUCUGAUGAACGUGGGCAAGUCCACCAAGACGGGAACCACUGUUCUGGAGCUGCAGAAGCUGUUGCCAAAGGCCAGAGUGGUCUAUGCCUCGGCCACCGGAGCCAGUGAGCCCCGGAACAUGGCCUAUAUGGUGAGACUGGGCCUAUGGGGUCCGGGAACCGCCUAUCCGGAGUUCUACGAGUUCGUGAACGCCGUGGAGAAGCGCGGCAUAGGAGCCAUGGAAAUCGUAGCCAUGGAUAUGAAGCUCAGAGGUACCUACAUAGCUCGUCAGCUGAGCUUCAAGGAUGUGAGCUUUCGCAUCGAGGAGGUGACCAUGCCGAAGGAGUUCCGCAAGAGCUAUAACUUGUCCGCCGAACUCUGGGCGGAGAUCAACAAGAAGUUCCAGAAGGCCUGUCGCCUGAUGUGCAUCGAGAAUAGGGUGCAGAAGAUCAUCACCUGCCAGUUCUGGUGCGCCCAUCAGCGCUUCUUCAAGAACCUGUGCAUCGCCUCCAAAGUGAACCACGUGGUCAAGAUGACGCGGCAGGCGACUCGCAUGGGCAAGGCGGUGGUCAUUGGCCUUCAAUCCACGGGGGAGUCGCGCACGUUGGAGCACCUGGAGCGGCAUCAUGGCAAACUGAACACCUUCGUCUCCACCUCCAAGAUGAUCAUCCAGUCGUUCGUGGAGAAGCACUUCCCAGCUCCCAAACGCGACUCCUUCCACCAUCUACUGAAUACGGGUGAGUUCGAGCCGGAGGCACGUUCCCGCCCCUCCAGACCCAAGCGGUCAAAAAUGAAUCCCGAUUGGUUCGACGACGAUAUGGAUGCCGAGGCGGGCGAGAGCGACAUCGAGAUGUACGAGAGCAGCUGGACUGCCGAUGAUGAGCGCAUCAAGUCCGGACGAAAGCGGCGAGGACGACCGCCCAAGGCGGAUAAAGUGGAGAAGAUUACCAUGCAGGAGCGCAUCCUGCAGCAUCUCUGCAAUAACAUGAGGGCCCAGGACAACGAGGGUGAGCCCAGCUACACUUUCGACAAUACGAAGCCCCAAAAGGCGAAUAUCACGGAGCGGGAUGUCGAGCGCUGCAUCAAUAUGCGCGAGAUGCUGCUGGAGAAGAUCGAGAUUCUGGGCAAGAGGUUGCCGCCCAACACGCUGGACAAACUAAUCUCCGAGCUGGGUGGCACCAAUUUGGUGGCAGAGAUGACGGGCCGCCGUGGCAGAGUGGUGCGCACGGAGUACGAUGGCUACAAGUACGAACCCCGUUGCGAGAACGACACCUCGAUGGACCUGGUCAAUUAUCGGGAGAAGCAGCGCUUCAUGGAUGGCAGCAAGCACGUGGCCAUCAUCUCGGAGGCGGCCUCCAGUGGCAUAUCCCUACAGAGUGACAAGCGGGUUUCCAACCAGCGGCGUCGUCUGCACAUCACCUUGGAACUCCCGUGGAGUGCGGAUAGGGCCAUCCAGCAAUUUGGACGCACCCAUCGCUCCAAUCAGGUGAAUUCACCCGAAUAUGUAUUUGUGAUCACGGAUCUGGCCGGUGAGCGCCGUUUUGCCUCCACGGUGGCCAAGAGACUGGCGAGCUUGGGAGCCCUUACCCAAGGCGAUCGGCGUGCCACCGAUGCUCGGGAUCUCUCCCAGUUCAAUAUCGACAAUAGCAUCGGGCGCAGUGCUCUGGAGAAUGUGAUGCAACAGCUGACCAACGACAAGCCACUGGACCAGUCCCAAGUGCCUCAGUCCUACAAAGGUGACUUCCUCUACGACUGCUGUGUGGCCAUGGCCGGCGUGGGCAUGAUCAAUGUGCGGGAGGAGAACAAGGUGAAGGUGUUCACCGUGGAGAAGGAUAGCAAUAAUAUCUCCAAGUUCCUGAACCGCAUCCUCGGCUGCCGUGUGGAGGUACAGAAUGCCCUUUUCAAAUUCUUUCUGGACAAGAUGUACUCGCUGAUCAUGCAGAUGAAGCGCACCGGACGCUUUGAUCUGGGGAUUCUAGACCUGGACGCCCAUGGAGCCAGUGUCAAGUCCAUCAAGCUGAUGCGGUUCAUCAGGAAGCACGCCACUGGAACGGCGGCCACCGAGCUCCACACGGUGACGGUGGAACGUGGCAUGUCCUUUGAGACAGCCCUAGCCAAAUACCGAAAGGAGGCCCAGCACGAGCACGAAGGCUUCUAUAUUCUACAGCAGCUGCGCCAGAACAAGAACUCCUCAAUUUUGUGCCUGCAGGCACCGUCCAAUUCAGCGGAUGUGUCAAACGGAAAGAUCAACUUGCAGAUCUACCGACCCAACACUGGUCCCCAAGUGCGAUUGGAGACGCAUGGCUCCAUAUCAUCGCGAUAUGUGAAGGUGAGCCCGGAAGAGGCCCAAAAGUACUGGGUGCAGCAGUACAACCUGUGCCUGAACAUGUGCUCCCACGUCUACUGGAAUCGCACCUGUCCCAUCCCGACGGGCUGCGAAGUGGGACUCCGGAUGCGCACCUACCACGUGCUCUCCGGGCUGAUGCUGCCGAUCUGGGACCGGAUCGAGCUGAUUAUCGAGAAGAACGGACACAAGAUCCAGAUCAUACGCGUGAAGACCGAUGUGAACAAGAAGAUUGUGGGCACGGUGGUGCCGCAUGCCGUCUACGAUGCCCUGGUGGCCGAUUUGUCCACGGACUCCAUCGUGGAGAGCCAUUAAAAUGACACCGCCCACUGUACGAUACAGCAUACGGCAUACAGCACACAGCACUUCUAUUGCCACUUUAAAAAUAUCAACCCAAAUUGUGGCAUUCAAUGCAAUACAUGUGGCGUAAGCUUUCGCUUUUUCCAAAUUCCAGGCACGCUCCACCAGAUCCACCAUCUCCACCAUGGAGGAGCAGCCCGCCCAUGUUCCCGGCCAUAAACAAUGGCCACAGAAGCACAUACGGGAAGACACUUACAGCUCGUCUGCGUGCGUAUGUGAUUCAUAUGUAUUGUCUGCCAUGCUGCGGGGUCUGCUUCACAUACACCAAAAGAAAUAAAGUUACCCGAAUGAAA